CUCUCUUUCUCUCUUUUCCUCUUUCUCUCUCUCUCUUAAUCUCUCUCUCUCGCUCUCCCUUCGUUCUUCGUAAACCUCUUCGUUCGAUCAGAAAGUCAGAUCGUUGGGAAGGAAGAUCCGAGUUUAGAAUGUCAACUGCGAAGAGAAUUGUGCUGUUUUUUCUGUUACUUUGGAAAUCUGAAAAUUCUUAUCAACGAAUCGACGAUAUAAAAUAUGUGAUCGGUCUUCGAGGAGCAGCGAAGGUCAACGAUACGACGAUCUCAUCGCGGGAAAAGAGAACCUUGAUCUUUCCCGGUCCACAGAUAUCCCCGACCCUUUUGUUGAUCUUUGGCCUAGGAACACCAUUGCAAUUGGACCGUGAAAGUGUAAUCGUUGGAGUUUUUAUCAAAAUAAUAUAUGCACUGCCAAUGAAUAGUACGGACUUUACUGAACCUGGAGUUUACUAUACCAGAAAUACCAAAAGUAGAUGGAGUAUUUAUAAAAUUCUUGAAAAGGCCGCAACCAUUUAUGGAUUCGGUGGGAAAGCCUGUCUGUUAAGAGCCAUUUGCGAAAUAGCUCACGUACCCUUUGAUGCACAUCACGGAUUAUUUGGUCAAUUAAUGCAACUAUUUUUUAAGCCGUCGAGUACCGAGGAGGAGUACGAUGAGUACGGGGAUCGAGAAUACAGGGCAGCCGAGCGGCUGGGCAAGCAGGUAGCGGGCGAAAACUGCCACGCCCUUUAUCCGGAAUGCCGCAGGAGUGUGCUCGACGUAUUUUCAACAGUACUACCCGCGUGAAUCUUUCACCCUUCUUUUCUUGGA